CACUGCACCUAGACACAAUCAUCACCCAUGAUGUUCGUCCAGUUCGUCUUCCCGUUGUGCAUCCUCGCAGGCACUGCCCUGGCCGAUGCGACCGUGUAUCUCAUCCGACACGGCGAGAAGCCCAGCGACGGGAGCACCGGGCUCAGCGCGCAGGGGGUGGAGCGGGCCCAGUGUCUGCGGAACGUCUUCGGGGCCGAUUCCAGCUACAACAUCCAGUAUAUCAUGGCGGAGACCCCGAAGAGUGACGGCAAGCGAGACCGCCCGUAUCUGACCGUGCUCCCGCUGGCAGAGGAUCUGGGCAUCACCGUCGACACCUCGUGUGCCAAAACCGACGCCAAGUGCGUCAAGAAGGUCGUGGAGAACUAUACCGGGGACGGCAACAUCCUGAUCUGCUGGGAGCAUGGCGAGUUGACCGACAUCGUGGAGGAGUUGGGGGAUGAUGAUGCCCCGACGUAUCCGGAUGAUAGCUUCAAUUUCAUCUGGACGGAUCCCUCUCCGUACACCGACAUCACUGCGGUCACGAGCGAGAACUGUCCUGGACUUGAUAGCUAG